UUGGGAUCUGAUCCCAGGAACAGGGACAGGAGGAGAGGGAACGGCCUCAGGCUGGGCCAGGGGAGGCUCAGGGUGGACAUCAGCGGGAAUUUCCUCAUGGAAAGGGCUCCCAGGGAAGGGUUGGAGCUGUCCAAGGCCGGCCUGGAUGCAACAUUGAGCACUCAGGGUGGGGUUGGACACAGCCUGGAUAAUCCUGCGGUACUUUUCCACCCUCACCAAUCCCAAAAAUUCAGUUUCCCAGCUCCGCCAUGGAUCUGCCCAGCACCAAAGACUUCCAGUGGAAAUCGCUGGCGCCGCUGCCGAGCCGCAGGGUGUACUCAGCGCUGGUAGAGGCGGCCGGGCAGGUUUUYGCCGUGGGUGGCUGCGAUGACAACGGUGUCCCCGUGGAUUCAUUCGAGGUUUACUCCCCCGAGGCUGACCAGUGGACAGCGCUGCCCCCCAUGCCCACAGCCAGGGCUGGYGUGGCCGUGGCGGCGCUGGGCAAGAGGAUCAUGGUGAUCGGCGGUGUUGGAGUCAACCAGCUGCCGCUGAAGGUGGUGGAGAUGUACAACGUGGAUGAAGGGCGCUGGAGGAAGAGGAGCUCGCUCCGRGAGGCGGCCAUGGGCAUCUCGGUGACAGCCAAAGGCGAGCGGGGACUGCCAGGGCUGCCUGCGGGGUGGAGGG